UUUUUUUUUUUUUUUAAUCUUUUUCAAGGAAAGCGUUGUAGAUAAGGGGAAAAAAAUAGAAGCUUGUAAACUACAGUCUUAUCAAAGUGAAGAGAUAACCAUGGCAACAGAUAUAUUGGAAGGGGUUACCCCACAGGAUCACAUGGAAGAAGUAAAAUCAGUGCAUUGCAAUGCCUGCAAUCUGAACAUCCAUUAUGUGUACCCCUCUGUACAGAGCCACAUCAAAUCUCGUAAGCAUAUAAAGAACAGAGAGGAGUACAGAAUGCAUAUAAAAAAACAGAGCGUUCACAUUGCUUCAACCAUCUUGAAAAAUCCGACUGUAAGUGCAAGAUAUGAGUUAUAUUUGAAGGGUGAGAAUCCAUUUGACACCCAGGAUGAUCAGGUAGAUGUGACCGUUGAAAGUGAUGACAAUGCAGAAAGUGAGGAAAGUGAUUCCGAAGAAACUGCAGCAAUGCCUACAGAUGAAUAAUGCGUGUCUAGAUGUCAACCAGUGUUUUAAAAAGUCUUCUUUUUUAAAUGUUAAUAGUACGUUUUUGUUUCUUUAGUCUUGAAGACAAGCCGAACAGUUUUGUAUUUGUCUUCUUUAGAUUACACAUUAAACAUAUACUACUUUGUUUAACUUCUGUGUAUGUCCAUUAAUGUUACAUUUCCAUUGUAAUAUGCAUGGCUGUAAAUAUUAGGGUCUUGUAAUUUAUUAAUAAAAUACGUAAGACUUUCUUUUUAUGAUGUUUUAAAAAAAGCAUAGUCUAUCAUGGUAAAUUAAAGGACCAUUAAACUUGACAUUUUAACACCACAUAAAA